GUGGCAGUAAGACAUUAGUUGUACACACAGGAAACCGAUGAGUGAGAGCACAGAUGACUGGAGCGCACCAUGGCAACAAGUUCAGCUGAAAACUUUAGCUAUCAGCCUUUUAAAUGUUUAAAUAUUAGAUACACAACUCUCCUGUUGCUGGUGGCUUGUUGUGCAUCAGGAGCAAUUGGAAAAGAAAUUGUCCAAGAGGAUCAUUUAGGCAAACAUAACCAUGAACAUAAUGCAAAUAUGUUUCUUGGCUCAGAGGACAAAGAUGAAAUACAGAAACUCAGCCCAUCUGAGCAGCGAAAGCGACUGGUGGAGAUAGUGAAGAGGAUUGACACCAACUCUGAUAAAUACCUGACUCCAGAGGAAAUCACAUUAUGGAUACAGAGGGUGUACAGGACAUAUGCGUUGGAUGAUGCUGAGGAACGCUUCCCUGAGUUUGACUCCAACAGUGAUGGUGUGGUAUCUUGGGAUGAAUACAAUAUGGUCUUGCAUGGUCAUACUGUGGAAGUUGAUGUAGAUGCUGUUCUUGAAGACCCCGAGGAGGAGUCUCUCAGAUUUGUAUGUUGCAUGAUUUAUUAACAUUUCAUAUUGUGGAACAGCAAAGAAAGGUCUUGUGUGAUUGAAAAAAAAAAAAAAUGUAUUCACUCACAGCUCCAUGCAAAGGAAAAAAGACGUUUUGACUUUGCCGAUAUGGAUGGCUCAGCUGGCCUGAACUUAACUGAGUUCCUUGCAUUUACUCAUCCGUCUGAAGUGGACCACAUGGCUGAUUUUGCCAUUGAAGAUGUGCUUUCUGAAUAUGACUUGGAUAAAGAUGGAUUCAUCAGCUUGAGUGAAUUCAUUGGAGAUCUCAGAGCAAAUGAGCAGGAAGAGCCCUCGCAGUGGGAGGUUGAGGAAACGGUGCGCUUUAAAGAUCUCUAUGACCAGGAUAAGGAUGGAAAACUCAACAAGGAUGAACAGCUCCGCUGGGUCGCUCCCAACAGCUAUGGCUCAGCACGAGAAGAAGCCAUUCAUCUGAUCAAGGAAAUGGACCAAGAUGGUGAUGGAAGACUCUCGGAAGUGGAGAUUUUAAAAAACCAAGACACUUUCAUGAACAGUGAAGUGACUGAUUACGGAAGACAGCUUCAUGUGCCACAUGAUGAACUGUAAC